AUGGCGCCUUCAGAGGAAGACACGCACAUGGCUGAGGCCAUCGAAAUCGAUGAUGCUUCAAACGUAGAAGAACAACCCCAAAUUGCUAAAUCACCUCCGGCAGCGAAAUCACCCGCUGCUGAACCGCGUACAAAAGAUCAAGGGACACAGACGAUCCAAGAGCCUCCUCCGCCGCCUCCCCAAGCUGCUCGGAAUGUUCAGAUAGCCCCUGCUCCUGGCCCUCAUCAGGCUCCUCCUUAUCCUUACAUGCCUCAAUGGCCGUACCAUCCUAUGGGAUACGCGCCUCACCCUCAUAUGCCACAGUAUCCGCCUCAUCCUCAUCAACAACAUCCGCAUCACCCACAACAACACCCACAACAGAUGGUCUAUGCUCAUCCUCACCAAGUACCACAUCCGCAGCAUAUGGCACAAAAUCAUCAUCCUCAGAUGCCGCAUUAUCCGUACCAUCCGUGGCCUCCUCAUCCGCACAUGGCACAGGCACCUCAUCAAUACGUGUCUCCUUAUAUGGGACCUCAUGUUGUUGGGUAUGCUCCUCAGCCAGGAUAUGCUCCUCACCCUGGGAAUGUCCCCCAGGCUGGACGUGGCCAACAGCCAGGACGUGGCCCUCAACCAGCAAACGCUCCUCCUCAACCCGUGCCUGCCCCUCCAGCCGGACCUGUAUCUCAGCCUAGGAAUGUCCCUCAAGCAGGCAAUGCCAGCCAGCCUGAAAAUGUCCCUCCUCAAUCUCCUCUCUUUACACCCGUGGCUAUACCCAGAUUGAGCCCUACUCCGACUCCUGCACCUCAGUCUGUUGCCUCUACUCCGGCUCGUCAGUCUGCUUCUCCAACCCCGGUACCUGAGUCUACUGCCUCGACCCCUGCACCUGAGACUGUCCCAUCUACCCCAGCACCCGAGUCUGUAGCGUCUACUCCAGCUCCUGAAUCCGUUGCUUCGACUCCUGCCCCCGAACCGUCCUCCUCGCGAACCACGAGAACAUCUGACAUGGGCCCUCCACCCAAGAAGAAGAGAGGACCGAAGCCCAAGCCACUAUCAGAACGCAAACCGCUCCGCACUACGCCAAUUGUUCGUAAAGAAAACAGCUACUCGAAGCAGAAAAGGAAGGAAGUCAUUACGUGGAUGGUUCAUCACCGAGUUUCACGUCUUGGUGAAAUGGUGCCGCCUUCUGCUCAGGAUGCUGAGAACCACUUUAAGAUUCCUCGGAGCACUAUUGCUGGAUGGAAGACAGCAUUGCUGGGUAAUGGACCUAUUCCCAAGUAG